UAAGUAGGCUCAUUCAGUCGCUUUAGUGACCGCUAAUCGUUAAGCAAGUCGUGAAAUCGUUUGCAUCAGUCGAACAAAAUGUUGUCGGACAUACAAAACUUUUACCGGAAUAAAACCGUUUUUGUGACAGGAGGCACUGGCUUUAUGGGAAUAGUUCUUGUCGAAAAAUUGCUGCGUAUUACCGAAGUUAAAAGAAUUUACUUGAUGUUGCGGCCCAAAGGUAAUAAAAGUGUGGAAGAACGUUUGACCCAUUUAUUUGAGAGUACACUCUUCGAUAAAAUACGAAAGAGUGGUGUCACGCCAACCGACCGAAUCAGACCAAUUUUGGGCGACUGCGCUUUCGCCAAUCUCGACAUUUCACCGGCAGAUCGUAAAGUAUUGAUUGAUGAAGUAAAUAUUGUGGUGCAUCUAGCGGCCACUGUGCGCUUCGAUGAGCCACUCACCAGAGCGGUGAAUUUAAAUGUGCGCGCCACGCUAGACCUAAUACAGCUGGCCAAGGAAAUGAAACAACUAGAGGCCUUCUUGCAUGUCUCGUCCGCAUUUGCCAAUUGUGUGGUGAAUUGCAUCGACGAGGAAUAUUAUAACGCCAAAAUAGGUAUCAGCGCCGUGAAGAUGUGUGAAGUGGCCAACUCUUUAGGCGUGGAUACUACAAAUAAACUAGCCAACGUACUCUGCAAGGAAUUUCCAAACACAUACACAUUCACUAAAUCACUAGCUGAGGAAGCAAUUUUGAGUGAGGGCCGUUCACUUCCCAUUAGUAUCUUUCGACCGGCCAUCGUUAUUCAAACAAGUAAAGAGCCAAUAUCCGGAUGGAUCGGCAAUUACUAUGGGCCUUCAGCAGCAUUGUAUGCUGCCGGGCGUGGUGUACUACGAGUGAUGUACAUGAAAUCGCACCAUCGGGCACAUCUGGUGCCGGCGGAUCUCUGUGCCAACUUAAUGUUAGCCAUCGGUUGGGAGACGGCUAAAUCGACUCCGGAGCAACGUUUACAAAUGGCGCCACCAAUUUACAACUACACAAGUGAAGAUGACAACGCACUGAUUUGGAAAGAGUAUAUAGAUACCAUUUCCGAGUAUGUAUAUGAGGUCGCUAUUAGCAAAAUGAUUUGGUAUCCGUUUAUGAUAGCCGCCGGUCAGAAAUGGUUGUAUUAUCUGCUCACCUUCUUCUAUCAUACAAUACCCGGCUACAUAAUUGAUUUCCUAUUGGUGCUAAAGGGAAAGAAGAAAAGAAUGACAAAACUUUACAACAUUAUGAAGAGGCAAACAAAAGUAUUUGAUUUCUUCCUAAGCAAUGAAUUUACAUUUACAAUGGAUAAUACAAAGACAUUGUGGAGCUCCUUAUCAGAAGAAGAUAAACAGAUUUUCAAUUUUGAUCUUAACUCGAUUUAUUGGAAGGAAUACCUACAGAAUUCUUUAAAGGGUUUGCGUCUCUAUUUGGGUAGAGAAGGACCGGAAACUUUGCCGAAGGCUCAGAAAUUGCACAGAAGGUUCUUCAUCUUGAAUUGGAUAACACAUGCGCUGCUCUUUGGCUUUUUACUUUAUUUGUUAUGGGUUUUAGCUACGAUAAUUUUACCGUAAGUUUUAUCGACAAAACAAAUGUAUUUAGAAAACCUCAUAAUAUGUAACUCUAACUGUACUUCUAAUACAAUUAAUAUAAUAAAAUUUUCUCACAACGGUAAGCAGUUUUAAUUC